AUGGCUAGACCCUCUCUCGAUUCACCUUCAAUGGUGGAGCUAAAAAAUCAAGCGAAAAACCGUAGAAAAUCCACCCCACCGUCCACCUCAAGUGGAUUAUCCCGAAGCUUACUUGGUGAUGAUGAGACAGAGUCAAAGGGCAUCUCAAGUGUAGCACCAAAGCUGCCUCCAAUUCACCAUUCUCAGCCGGAGUUGUCUACAUCCCAUUCAGAAAUGGAGCAUGAGCAGUUGAAAAGAAAAUAUUCUAUGCAAAAUCAGACAUUAGCUAAGAAUAACUCUAUAAUGCUAUCAAAGCUAUCGAGCAUGGAAUCAAGAUUGAGUGAACUUAUCAGUGAGAAUGUCUCGAUGAGAAGACAGAAAUCCUUGAAAGACGGAGCAAUUAAGGACACCUUACAUAGAAAACUUCUCAAGAUUGAAGACGGCCUUUAUGAAAAAUUUGAUGAUAUCUUUCAAAUGUUCGAAGAUAUAAGAAGUCUGGAGGAUUUGCCCUCUAAUCCCAAAUUGAAGGUAUUUAAGCAAACGGGUGGUGAAGAAACGAUUGCAGUGAGACCUAGUGAAUCUGCUGUAAUAACUCCAGUAAAUGAUAAGUCUGGAAUAAACAAGCAGCGCAGUAUUGAGCCACUUCUCGAAGAAGAAAGUGAGAGUCCUGUGAAGCUGGUGCUGGAAAUUGAAGCGGCUGGGCAAAGGAAGAAAAGAACACAAGGAGAACCUUCAAUUUCAGUACAUUCUGAGAGAAGAGAAAUGGAUAAUACAGAAACUGGUAUCAGUCUGACCACUUCAGAGCCAAAGGUUGCUGAAAGUGGGAAGUCGAUCACAUCUGAGCCUGAACUAAGUUUAUUUCCUGCGAGGAGUAAGUCGUUGGCCCCGGAACCCAACCUAGCUUCCAGUAAGAGAAAGUGGAUAUCUACAGAAGCAAGCCUAUCUUCUGGUAAGAGAUCUUCAAUACUUCCAAAUGAAUCAAAGACAAAAAGGAGAAGAGCUUCAGUAGUUAAUGACCACGAACACAUAGAGACGAAAAGUGCCGAAUCAAGAAUAUCCAAUGAGGCACCAACCCUGGUUUCAGAAAUACUGAAUGAAGACAAAAAUAAGAAUGAGAAAGAAUUUCAAGUAUUCAGCGAUAUGCCCAGUCGUCCAAGGAGAGCCAGAAAAGAAGUAGAUUAUAAGACACCAAGUUUGAACAAAAAAAUGCGUAGGGAAACGGAAUGGUUGGUCACUGCAGUAGGCAACGAACCAAUAAUAAAGAAGAAUCUAAAGGAAAGCACGCCCGAGCCACAACAGCUAACCCAAGCGUUGAAAGAAACGAAGAGCAAGAAGAUCGAAGUUAAAUCGGAGCUUCCGUCCACCAAACGGGAACCAUUACAAAUGGUAGAUAUCAACAACAGAGACACGAUUCAGUCGAAAAUUCAGUCUAAGAUCUUGAACAAACAGCCAGAAGACCUUUCAAUAUUUGAUUUUGACGAUGAAGCAGAAAACAGAGCACCUCCUAUCAGGAAAACAUACAAGAGAAGGAUCCAGGCUUCGGACCUCAGAAGACACAGCAUGCUCUAA